UGCUUUUGCUUCUUUGUUUCCUUUUCUGUUGCCUUCAGUGAAUUUUCCUACUUUGAAUUAUUUUUGUUUCCCGUUUAAACUGUGUAAUUCAGAGCUCGAAUAUGUCAACUUCGUUUUCUCGGGAAAAACUUAGAACAGUUGCCAUUUUGGAAAUCCAAGGAUUGAUGCUUUGGAGCUUUUAUAUAUAUUUUAGAUUAAUUGACUUUAUGAAGUUUUGCUUUUCCGAUCUUUCAUUUGAGUGCAUUUGAUUUGAUGAAUUAAUCUUUUCUCUCUCUCUCUCUCUCUCCUUUGCCCAGAGAUCUCAGUUCAGCCUUGAAUGUUGGUGUCGCCCUUUAUUUCAUGUUUUUGUUCAUUUAUCUCACUGGAUUUUUUUACUUGUCCUGGUAUAUGCAUGUCAAUAUUAUUUUCCAGUUCAUUAUCGCUGUUUUUGAUGAACACUGUUUGAUCUGAUGCUGUGUUCUCUGUUUAAUCUGUAUCUUUUUAUGUCAAUUGAUUUGAUGUCAUAUGUACGGGCGGCAAUCAUUUUUUCAGGUUUUGGAAUCUUUUUCCUUUGGGACAUAAGACUGGGAGUUUUUUUUUUUUUUUUGGAUCUGGUUUUAAAUACCGGUUAGUAUAUAUGAUCAUUGCAAUUCUAAGUUGUUCUCCCUAUGCUUUAUGUUCCUUUUGAUCUCUGUAACAAAGGGAUCCUUUUGUUCUUACCAUAAAUACUACCAAAUAGAAGCAAUAAUCUUUAAAAUUCCUGAUUCAUUUGGGACACUUCAGCAAUGUAUGCAGAAUUGCAGAUUUAUUUGUGAACACAGGUAGGGGGAUAGUGAAGUUUUUGGUUUAUGUAUUGCUGGUACACUUGUAGCACCGUUCUUUGGUUUAUAAAGUUUGGGAAUAUUUGGAGUACAUGUUUAUCUUCUGGUGAACUCUGCAAUAUGCCAUCCUGCUGGUUUUCAAGAACUAUUACAUGUACUCAAUACUGGAACAGUAUGACCUCUCUUUGCAGCUAUUCUCUACUGGGAAGGUGAUUAAAUUUUGCUGGAGUUAAUAUUGCAUUGGAUGUGUAGCAUGUGUCAUUACUGUGGUGCUGAACUUGCGAAGUCUAUUGAAGAAAAGAGGAAACAGGAUAAUGGUAAUGCUGUAAUUUCAAGUACUGGAGACCCCAUUUGGUCUUGUAAAUUAUGCUGUGAGAGGAAAGGAAGAGACUUCGUAAAGCAGGAUGGUAUUACUCCAUAUGCAACACCAAUGAUCAGUCCAAUUUUCUCAUUGUCUUGUAGUGACCGCUCAUAUUCUAGCUGCAGUGAUUUUUCAGUUGAUAUAAACUCAUAUGAUCAGUGGGUUUCCUUAUUCUCAGUUACGGUGCUGUUAUAUUAACUGGAGUCUUGAAACUAAAUCAUGGUGUGAGCGGGCAUUUAUUUAUUAUUUUUCGGGGGCGAGGAUGGCCAAGAGGUUGUUUCAAAAAAUAUUCUGCCAAAUGGCCGAUUGCAACACCUGAGCUCAGAAGGCCCUAGGAAGAGAGUUGAUAGCUUGAAUAUGAUGAUAGAAAGCAACUUGAGGGAUAAGAAAAAUAGCUAUGAUAUGGACAUAGUGAGAGAUAUUGAGAUAACAGAAGCUAGUAAUGAACAAGAAGCAAAAGAGAGCAUUGUUGAAAAUUCUCCUACAACCCUAGGCAAAGAAAAUGGGGCUUCUCAGUCCAUUAAUGUUGAAAUGGAUAGUCAAAUUUGGGAACCUCCAGAGCCAGAAUAUCCAGUGGAUGACUUGGAGGGAACCGUGGCUUAUGAUGAUGAUGAUGAUGAAUGUGGAGAUGGCACAGAAUGGGGAAAACCAAGUUCCUUGAGUCAUAUUAUAGAUGAUGACAAUGGAAGAUACAGGUUUAAAGAGGAAAAAAAAAGAGCAAUGGAAGAGGUAAUAAAUGGGAAGUUCAAAGCUAUCAUCAGUCAAUUUCUUAAAUCUGUGGGCGUUGCCUGUUCUGUUAAUGACAGCAAUAGUUGGGUGGAUAUAGUUAUUUCUUUAUCUUGGGAAGCUGCUAUGUUUUUGAAUCCCGAUGCUAUUGAUGACAAAGCAAAUGGUCCAGAUAGAUACGUGAAAGUAAAAUGCAUUGCAACUGGUUCUCGCAGUCAAAGCCAAUUGAUCAAGGGAUUGGUCUUCAAAAAGCAUGCUGCUCAUAAGCGCAUGCAAACUAGGUACAAGAAUCCAAGGCUGUUACUAAUUCAGGGAGUCCUUGGUCAGUCGUCUAGUGGGUUGUCUUCAUUCAGUUCACUAGAUGAGGAAAAAUGUCAUCUGAAAUGUCUAAGUGAGAUGAUAGAUAUGUGCCAUCCAAAUGUGAUAUUAGUGGAGAAAACUGUUUCACGUGAUUUUCAAGAGUGUAUCCUUGAGAAAGGAAUUACACUGGUGUUUGACAUGAAGCUACAUCGUCUAGAGAGAGUUGCACUUUGUACUGGCUUACCAGUUAUACCAUCUGAAACUUUGAUGAAUCAAAAGCUGAAGCAGAAUGACUCCUUUAAGCAGUGCGACUCCUUUCACAUAGAAAAGUUCGUUGAGGAACAUGCUUGCUCUGGUGAAGGGGGGAAACGACCAAGUAAAACAUUGAUGUUCCUUGAGGGCUGUCCUAAACAUCUCGGUUGCACUAUUUUGUUGAAAGGAAGUCAUUCUGAAGAACUCAAAAAGAUUAAGUGUGUUGUGCAGAAUGCCGUUGUCAUGGCAUAUCAUUUAAUCCUGGAAACUUCUUUCCUUACUGAUCAGAAGGCAAUGUUCUCUAGAAUUCUUUUCACUGGAAUAGCAAAUGUGUUGCUACCAGGUCGGGAAUCCUGUGCUUCAGAAAUCGGUAACCUGAGUGUUCCUUGUCUCGAUGAGUCUAUUGCUGAAACUCGAUCGCAUGAAAUUGACAUUCCGAUUUCCAAUGCAUUCCAUGAAGAAGGUUACCACAUAAAUGGGGAAAUAAAUGGUGAUCAAAUCAUGAAUUCAGGAUUAGACUACAAUUCAGCAUUAUCUUUGGAGCCAUAUAAUCCGGCAAUUCUCUCUGGGUUGUCGUCUAUUUCUGCUUCUCUGAAGAAAGUUAUAGGAAAUAAUUUCCCUCUUGCAUCCACUGCCCCUUAUCGGUCAUUGUCUGCAUAUUUUGGGUUAAAUGGGAUGCAAUCCAAGCUAACAGAAGCAGUUCCGACAGUGAAAUGUUUUGAGGUCACAGAUGAAUUUUAUGUGGAAUCUAAAGGUGAUCCUGAUGAAAAGAAACCUCUUGAGGACAGACCCCAAUCUUCUCAUGCUUUCUUUGAAGCCCCAUUUGACUUGAAAGCUAAUGGACAUGAUAACGAAGAACUUAACAAUAAGGACCUCAACACAAUGUUGAAUUCACAGAGUAUUUUGGUUCUUAUUUCAAGCCGGAAUGCCUUACGGGAGACUAUAUGUAAGCAAAGCCAUUUUAGCCAUAUAAUGUUCUACGGGAAUUUUGAUGUUCCUCUUGGAAAGUUCCUUCAAGAUAAUCUACUCAAUCAGGGAAGUCAGUGUGCUGUAUGUGCUGAACCGCCAAAAGUUCACUUUUACCAUUAUGCACAUCAUAGUAAGCAAUUAACAAUACAGGUUAAACAGCUUCCUAAGCAUUUACCUGGGGAAGCACAGGGAAAACUCUGGAUGUGGAGUCGCUGUGGCAAGUGUAAAACUGGGAAUGGAAUUUCAAAAACUACAAAAAGAGUGCUAAUGUCAACUGCUGCCCGUAGUCUUUCAUUUGGAAAGUUCUUGGAACUCAGCUUUUCUGAACACUCUUCAUUCGGCCAAUCAUCCAGCUGUGGUCAUUCUCUGCAUAAGGACUUCCUAUAUUUCUUUGGGUCGGGUCCUAUGGUUGCAAUGUUUAGUUGCUCCUCAGUUACUACUUAUACCAUGUCAAUGCCUCCACAACAGCUGGAGUUUAGUAAGUCAAUUAGAUCAGAUUGGCUGAAGGAAGAGUUUGAAAAUGUUUAUAUGAAAGGGAUGCUAAUGUUCAGAGAGGUUGCAAGCUUUUUGGUGCAGAUAAGGUCUCAAUUUGAGGGCUCAACUCUAAACCUUAAAGGCUCCUUAAAGGAAUUUUCUGAUGUUGAAGAGAUGUUGAAACUGGAAGCUUCUGAUUUUGAGGUAAACUUUCAGAAUGCUGUUGCAGAGAAUGGAAAUGCAAACUUGGGUUUUCAUCCACUCCUCAGCUUGACCCAAGUAAGGUGGGUUCUUCUUCUGGAAUCAUGCCUUUGGGAUAGACGCCUGCAUUCUCUCCUCUUGCCUGAUCCUACAGUAGUAGUUGUUGGUGCCAAUAACAAAGCGGUUCUGGAGCAAUUGGAGUCGGAUAUGAGUAGUGCUGAUGGAGAGGACAAUAGGACAGAAGCUAAAUCUGGAAAUGGUGAUAAGUGUUCUUAUAAUACAGGUAAUCUGAAAGAUGAGACAGGUUCAUUUGUUGAAAGAAAUGAAUUUUCAGGUGAUAAAUUCUCUUCAAAUGUUCCUGUCAAAAAAUUCGAGGAAUGUGACAGCAUACACAAUUCCACUAUGGUUGAGAAUAUUGGAAAGCCAGCAGUGAAUGGUACAUGCCCUGUGAAAUCAUCCAGCCUAGAGUUUGUUGUGACAUCUAAUAUUUCUGUUCUUCCUCAUCUUGGUGAUGAGAAUUAUCAAGCAGAGGAUGAACUGCUGUCAGAUCAUUUGCAAGUGGAUAGAACAAUUCCAAUUUCUACAGAGCUUUCUUCCGAUGAAUCGAUAGUUGACUCAAAUGGAUCUAGUAGGGGUGGAUCUCCACGUUCAUUACUAUCCAGCUUAGAAAACUUAAACGGAUGGUUUUGGAUGCCUUUAUCUGAAAUCAGACAGAUAUACAUGAAGGAUCUUCUAAGAGGAAAGGCCCCCAAGUUCGAAUCUAUCAGUAGUUAUACUCCUGAGAAAAUACCCACAGGCAAUCAAUUAAUCAGGGACGAAGGGACGAGGCUACACAUACCUCUAGGAAUGAAUGAUUAUAUAUUGUCAGACUAUGAGAGUGAACUAUCAAGUAUAAUUGCUUGUGCAUUAUUGUCGCUGAAAGAUCAUGCUGUAGCAGAAAUGUCUAAUGAGGAUGGGAGGAGAGAUAAACUAACUGAAAGUUUACGUCGCCACAUUCAAGUUCCUACAAUAACAUCCCCCCAUUGGUCUCCUAGUGGUUCAUCUGAUUCAGACUCUGUCUCUAGUCUGAGCAUUUCUUCAGACGAGUCACAGUUUUCCAGUUUUGAUGGGUUAAACUUGAUGGAUUCUUUAGUUCCUCCUGAUGCUCUUAACAUAGAAGUUCCUCUAGGGGUUUCAAAAUCACUUGGGAAGGGUAAAUACACAGUAGUAUGUUUAUAUGCUAACCAGUUCCGUGAUCUUCGGGAACGGUGCUGCCCUUCAGAGCUUGAUUAUAUUGCUUCGCUUAGCCGUUGCAGAAACUGGGAUGCCAAAGGAGGGAAGAGCAAGUCCUUUUUUGGCAAAACACUUGAUGACAGAUUUAUUAUAAAGGAAAUUAAGAAGACGGAGUAUGAUUCAUUUGAGAAGUUUGCUUUACAUUAUUUCAAAUACAUGAACCAGGCGUUUGAGUCUGGUAGCCAAACCUGUCUUGCCAAAGUUCUUGGAAUUUAUCAGGUGAUAGUAAGACAGCCAAAAACUGGGAAAGAGACAAGAAAUGAUCUUAUGGUAAUGGAGAAUCUUACCUUUGGAAGAAACAUUACUCGCCAGUAUGAUCUUAAAGGUGCCUUGCAUGCUCGAUUAAGUUCAGCUGCUGAUGGUUCUGGAGAUGUUCUUUUGGAUCAGAACUUUGUCAAUGACAUGAAUUCUUCUCCGUUAUACCUUAGUAAUAAAAACAAGCGUCUCUUGCAGCGUGCUAUAUGGAAUGACACAACGUUCCUCAAUUCGAUCAACGUAAUGGAUUACUCUUUACUUCUUGGUGUGGAUACGCAGCGGCGGGAGCUUGUUUGCGGGAUUAUUGAUUAUCUGAGGCAGUAUACAUGGGACAAACAACUAGAGACAUGGGUUAAGUCUUCUCUAGUUGUUCCCAAGAACGUGUUGCCAACAGUUAUCUCUCCCAAGGAAUACAAGAAAAGGUUCAGAAAGUUCAUGUCAACUUACUUUUUCAGCGUCCCUGAUGAUUGGUGCUCACAGGAAUCCUGUGAUCCUUGUGAACUUGGUGGUGGCAUUAGAGAUGAUGAUAUUGAUAUGUCCUCUCAAUCCAAGUAAUGGUAUUUCUGCCUAGAUCUUGUAUUCCUUGUUUCUCUUUUCUUUGUUUUCCCUGGAAGUAGCCAUCAUUUUUGAGAAAUUAUUGUGUACAUAUCCAAUCCGUUAUCGUGCAGUUUUUAGCAAUUUUUUUAGCAAAUUUCUGGGGUAGUUUCAUUGCUAUAGGUCUACCAUAUCCAUAUUAAUGUCCAUAUCUUUGUACAGUGAAGAGAGGAAUUGUAGAUAGCCGGGGUAAUUGGAAGACUGAUAAUUUUAAAGCAAUUUAAAGUUGGUGCUUUUGUUAAUAGCAUGUAAAUAUUGAAGUUUUAUGUUGAAGAUUGUACUUGCAAUUAUGAAUGUAUUGAUGGGGAUGAUCCAUCCUCUGGUUUUGACUA